AUGCGUGCAUUCUCAAUCUUCUCCACAUUUGCUUUAGCGCAGCAGCUCGUUGUAGCUACCAGUGAAAAUGAUCUGGAACCAAGCCUUCCCGAACAACUAUUCUUGGACCUUCAUGUUCAGGAAGUCAUCACCAACACCUCCGGGAUGGAGGUUGUCGAGCCUUGGGCUAGCAUGUACGUCCAGGCCAUCAAUGAAAGACGAUUUGGUGACGCUGUUUGGGCACGUUACCACAUCAGCGGAGAUGUGGAAGAUGGUAUUAUUGACGGCACAAAUCAAACUGUGCUUGAGACUAUUGAGGAGGAUGCACGCGAGUACAGGGUGAACGAGCCAGAUUAUUACGCCACGGCUCUAGCGUUCUACAAUCAAACUAGCACCACGGACAAACACGCCGAAGUGUUGAACUUGAUCAAGCGUAUUGGUGACGAAGAUAUCUCCAAAAUCGAAAAACGCAAGACAUACGGUAUCAGCUGCAGCAGAAACUACCUCGCCAACUCGAACGGCUGUCUUCAGCUGAUUGAGCAUAUGUCUCAAAGUAAAGCCUACAUUGGUAAUCGACGAGCUAUUUAUAGCUGGGGAAGCUGCUACCUCCGGGUCGGACCCUAUCAUGGAUCCGGAACUGAUUUCAAUUAUUGGACCGCCCAUGCGGUGGCUAAGCUGAUCGAGGACGAGUGUGCGUAUGUACCGCCGUGCUGUAACUAUAAGAAGACUUCUGGGUACUCGCCGAAGAAUGGCGGUCACCGCAAAAUUUGUCUGAGCAGCAAGCGAUCUGGUUGUUCCUAG